AUCACUCCGAAGGGCGGCUGGCGGGUGGCCGCGCAGGGGCAACACGUCGUGCAUUUUCAUAGUUCCUGACCAACAUAGAAAUGUGGAGUAUCUUGGCUGAAUCGUCAUGAAGGCAAGACCAUCAUGGUUCUGCCACUACAGGAGUGUGAGCAGCAUUGCUUCUGCAACAAAGCCUUGAGUCAUUGCAUCUUGGGAAGGAUGGCUGCUUCCUGGGGCACUAUCAUUUUCAUGCUGGUGAUACCCUGUGUUUGCAGUACUGUCUUCUACAGAGACCAGCAGACAUGGUUUGAGGGUGUCUUCCUGUCUUCUAUGUGCCUCAUCAAUGUCAGUGCCAGCACCUUGGAUGGAAUUAUGUUUGAUGCAGGGAGCACUGGAACUUGAAUUCAUGUUUACACAUUCGUGCAGAAAAUGCCAGGACAGCUUCCAAUUCUGGAAGGAGACAUUUUUGAUUCUGUGAAGCCAGGACUUUCUGCUUUUGUAGAUCAACCUAAGCAGGCUGCUGAGACUGUUCAAGGGCUCUUAGAGGUGGCCAAAGAUUCAAUCCCUCGAAGUCACUGGGAAAGGACACCAAUGGUCCUGAAGGCCACAGCAGGACUACGCUUACUGCUGGAAAAGAAAGCCCAGGCUCUACUAUUUGAGGUAGAAGAGAUCUUCAAGAAGUCACCCUUCCUGGUCCCAGAUGACAGUGUUAGCAUCUUGGAUGGAUCCUACCAAGGCAUAUUAGCCUGGGUUACUGUGAAUUUCCUAACAGGUCAGCUCCAUGGCCAUGGCCAGGAGACCAUGGGGACCCUGGACUUGGGGGGAGCCUCUACCCAAAUCACAUUCUUGCCCCAUUUUGAGAAAACCCUGGAACACACCCCUCAAGGCUACUUAACUUCCUUUGAGAUGUUUAACAGUACUUUUAAUCUCUAUACACAUAGUUACUUGGGAUUUGGAUUGAAAACUGCAAGACUAGCAACACAGGGAGCCCUGGAGACAGAAGGGAUUGAAGGACAUACCUUUCCAAGUGCCUGUUUACCAAGGUGGUUGAAAGCAGAAUGGAUUUUUGGGGGUGUGAAAUACCAGUAUGGUGGCAGCCAAGACUGGGUGAUGGGCUUUGAGCCCUGCUACGCUGAACUGCUGAGAUUGGGGCAAGGCAGACUUCAUCAGCCAGAGGAGAUCAAGAGAAAAUCCUUCUAUGCCUUCUUUUACUAUUAUGAUCGAGCUGCUGACACACACAUGAUUGAUUAUGAAAAAGGAGGUGUUUUAAAAGUUGAAGAUAUUGAAAGAAAAGCCAGAGAAGUUUGUGACAACCUGAAAAGCUUUACGUCAGUCAGUUCUUUCUUAUGCAUGGAUCUCAGCUACAUCACAGCCUUGUUAAAAGGUGGCUUUGGCUUUGCAGACAGCACUCUCUUACAGCUCACAAAAAAAGUGAACAACAUAGAGACCGGCUGGGCCUUGGGGGCCACCUUUCACCUGUUGCAGUCUCUGGGCAUCUCCCACAGAGGCCAAAUCCCCUCAAGUCUGUAUUUACUCUUUUUAAGGGAAGGAGAGAAGCGCAGUUCAGUUUCCAGGCUAGUGUGAGGAUAGCCUGUACUAAAGCCCAGAAACUGGUUUUAUGAAGAAGGGGCUUUUUAUACAUGGAUUGUGCCCUGGAGCCUAGAGAUUUAGGUUUAAUUUUAUACAUCUAAUGUGAAUUGUUACCUAACCAUUUUGGGGUACAUAGCUGGCACUAAAGUCUUGAUUCUUUGUGUGUUACAAAGAAUCUGUGAGCAAAACAAAACAAAACAAAACAAAACAAAAAACAAUUUUGGAACUCACUUAGCCUUGGAGAACUUAGGGUCCGGUUCCCCGGGAACCAAAGAAAAAUCUCAUUCCAACCCUUAUAUUGCCUCCUUCUUUUGAACAUUUAAAUUUUCCUCUUAGAUGC